GUAGCAUUAUUUGGGGUAGGGGGGGCAAGACCCAUGAUUCAGAUAAUUCAUAAUUGGACUUGAUGACCUGACUGGCAUAAAGUCAUCAUGGUUGAACUCACCACUCCCCACUACCCCCCAUUUUCUCUCCUUUCUAUAUAUUCCUCACAACCCUGCCUCCCCACUUCCUAAUUAUCUCUCCCAUCUCUCUCUCUCUCUCUCUCUCUCUCAACAAAAGCUUGUUCUCUUUCACUCUUCCUCUCCUUCAAAUUACAAAGCACUUUAGUUUUCUUUCUUGUAUUGCAAGAACUUAUAUUAUUUAGAAAUGAUGGUUGAAAAGGAAGAUUUGGGUUUGAGCCUAAGCUUGAACUUCCCUCAAAAUCCACCACCAAAUCCUCAAUACCUUAAUCUUAUGUCUUCUUCAACUCAUUCCUCUUCUCCUUCUACCUACAAUCUCCAAAAACCAUCUUCCAAUGAUGCUUUCACUUCUAAUUCAGAUCGGGAUUCGGAAACAUGCAGAGGCGAAGAACGAUCUCUACUCCUCCGAGGAAUCGAUGUGAAUCGGUUACCUUCCGGUGCUGAUUGUGAAGAAGAAGCAGGAGUUUCAUCUCCAAACAGCACGGUUUCAAGUGUGAGUGGUAAACGUAGCGAAAGAGAGGUUACUGGUGAAGAUCUUGACAUGGAAAGAGAUUGUUCAAGAGGAAUCAGUGAUGAAGAAGAUGCUGAAACAUCAAGGAAAAAACUUAGACUCACUAAAGAUCAAUCAAUUAUUCUUGAAGAGAGUUUCAAAGAACACAACACUCUUAACCCCAAACAAAAGUUGGCACUUGCAAAACAAUUGGGGCUUCGUGCUAGACAAGUUGAAGUUUGGUUUCAAAAUCGUAGAGCAAGGACUAAGUUGAAGCAAACAGAGGUAGAUUGUGAGUUUUUGAAAAGGUGUUGUGAGAAUCUGACGGAUGAAAAUAGGCGAUUGCAAAAGGAAGUACAAGAGCUAAGAGCACUGAAACUUUCCCCACAAUUCUACAUGCAAAUGACACCACCCACAACACUUACCAUGUGCCCUUCUUGUGAGCGUGUUGCUGUUCCAACAUCAGCCGUUGAUGCAUCCACGCGUCGUCAUCCUAUGGCUCCAACACACCCUCGUGCAUUUCCAAUGGGCCCAUGGGCCACAGCUGCUCCAAUACAACACAGGCCCUUUGAUCCAAUCCGGCCCAGAUCUUAAAUGUGUACGGCUGAACAAACAAACAUAAUUUUAAUGAAACAAAAAAAAGUUUAGUUGUAAACAUGGUUCCAUGAAUUCUGUGUUCAAAAUUAAUGUUUAAGAUAUGGUUGUUAGAAGAAAUGAUUUUGUGGGUCUCUAAUGUUUUUUUAUGUUUAUUUGACCCUUAUCUUCUUUGUUUUUUUUGGAGACAUGGCCUAUUCUAGUUCUAGUUCUAGUCUAGUUAGGAAUUUUAGAUUUUUAUUUUAAUAUCUUUGUUCUUAUUUCUCAUGAUUAAUCAGAGACUUAUGUAAAGUGAAGUUGAUCUAAUUAAUUUAAGUAUAGUUUCAUAUGUUA